UCCUCUUCGUUAGCUCCACCCGCCUGCCUCACAUUGACAUAGAGAUCCGCUGUCCCUCCCGCACACACACUGACACACACGCUGACACACACACACACAGAGAGGACGGAGCAGGACUGAGAGGAGCUGUGAGCCCGGAAAGGAGGACUGAUGACCGUCAGACGAUGGGACGUCAUGAGCUUCUGAACGAGCAGCGUUAACCGAAGGAAACCGAAGUGUGUCUGCCAACCCCAUUCAGGGCGAGCGAACCAAUCAGACGCACUGAAGGCAAACUCAGACAGGUUGCUGAAGGUCAAAGGUCAUCAUGCAGAGCAUAAAGUGUGUUGUGGUGGGUGACGGUGCUGUGGGGAAGACCUGCCUGCUCAUCUCCUACACCACCGGAGCUUUUCCCAAAGAGUACAUCCCCACUGUGUUCGACAACUACAGCAGCCAGGUGACGGUGGACAACAGGAUCAUCAGUCUCAACCUGUGGGACACAGCGGGUCAAGAGGAGUAUGAUCGACUGAGGACGCUGUCCUACCCGCAGACCAACGUCUUCAUCAUCUGCUUCUCCAUCUCGAGUCCCGCGUCCUAUGAGAACGUCAAGCACAAGUGGCAUCCAGAGGUGUCACACCACUGUCCUGGCGUUCCCAUCCUCUUGGUCGGCACAAAGAGCGACCUCCGGAACGACGCCGACACUCAGAGGAAGCUGAAAGAGCAGAACCAGACGCCUGUCACCCACCAGCAGGGCACCGCACUCGCCCGCCAGAUCCACGCCAUCCGCUACCUGGAGUGCUCGGCCCUGAACCAGGACGGCAUCAAGGACGUGUUCACAGAGGCCGUGAGGGCCUUCCUGAACCCGCAGCCCACUGUCAGCAAGAGGCCCUGCGUCCUGCUGUAGGGCCGAGCCUCGAACGCCUCACCGGGAGCACCGACGGGUCCCGACCGGGUUGAUUCUGAGGCUCGACUGCCUGAGAGACUGUUUGGUUACGUGUUCUUAUGUCUGGAUAGAAUUUUUUCUUUUGUCUUUGAAGAAGUAGAAAAGGUAGUUAUGAGUUUAGGGCUGGGAUUUUGGGUUGGUGGUGGUGGGGUGGGGGUCUAUAAAACUGAAAUGAUGAACCAGUGUCUUAGAGCAUUUCUCAAGCUAAUAAUAACGAUUAAAAUAAAAUGAAAGGGAGACGUCGUCUGUAGUUUUAACUGAGUGCAGCUCUGCAGGGGUUGGUGCUGUCGGGUGGUGCAGGAGCUUUCCAGGUAUCACGACAGGGACUGUUUUGUGUCAGAUCGGGGACCCCUCACCUUCUGAAGGGCUCCUGGAAAGUUCUUGUUAAAACCAUCUUUUCCUUCUGGAUUAAAUUUGAACCUUCCUGAAACACCAGAACACAAGUUAAAAUCAUCUCUGACUUCCUGCAGUCAAAGUCCAGCUGCAGGUAAAAACAACAGGAAGGCGGUCGUUGCAGUUUGUCCCACUGAUGCGAGCGCUGAACAACACGCUCAGCGGCCAAUCGAGAUCCUGAGCACCGAACUGCUGCAGUUAGUCACAUGUCACUGCGCCUCCUCAGAGUCCUGCCUGAGGGAAACGUCACCACACAGACAUGAAACACAUGUUGACAUCAUCCAGUGUGACAUCACUUCCUGAGGAUGUCAUUAUCUCUGAUGUCCAUCUAGAACAAACCUCCGUACGUUUUCUUCAGUGUCACAGUGAUGCUAACAGGAGCUGCUAACAGCUAACCAAGUGGAAUCACUCGGUAUGCUUCCUGUUUACAUUCCCAAAGCAUUGUGGGAGCUGUGUGUCACGGUGUUCCUCUGACAGGAGCGGAGUGUCGGGGCAUGUUGAAAACCUUUGCUGGUGUGGUUGUCACAAGGUCCGGAUGAAAGAGCUCAAGUGUUUUCAGAUGAAUUAGCAUCAGUGUGAAAAUGGGCGGGUCGGACAGGAAACAGCUCUGGUGGAGUCAUAAGCUGUCGCAAAUAGAAAACAGGAAGUUGAAUAAAUGGUUAUUGAUACUGAGAAUUAAAGUGCAGACUGGGAACUUUUACAUGAUGUGUUCACUGUCAGGGCUCGGUGUGACGGCUUUCGUGUCUCUCACUGAUCGUUCAACUGCACAGAAAUAAACGUUGACAAACUUUAAAAGAUGAAAAGGCUGACGUCAAACUCAACAAGACGAUCAGUUAGUUAGCGAGGCGAUUCACCAAAAGAUUCUGAACGAUGACAUGGAGACAGAACAGCAUCAGGCAGAGAAACGCUGUGCCACUGGAACCAAACGUAUGAUUAAGAAACAUCCUGAUUUACUUGUAACUGCCUCGGCAGGCCCUGAAACAGGAUCUGAAAGUCUGUCUCGGAUUUCGCAAAGAAACAAAAGGAAUAAAACAGUGAGAUUCUUAAAGUAGCCUAGCAAACCCACAAACCUGCUGUACAAAUGUUUGAUCAGGAAAGAAACGUUUUGUGUUUGGGCUGCUAGCAUGGCUAACAACACGCAGCCAAGUCUGUUAGCAGAGCUGCUAAACUGAAGUCCAGUCAGCUCAAGUCUGUCACGUCACUGAAGUUCAUUCAGUUUUAUGUUUAAAAAAUGUGAUUGGUUUUGAUUUUUUCAUUUACUGUUUUUAUUUAAAUGAGACACUUAAAACAUG